AUGUCGAUGACCAGUGCCCUACCUCUCAGUCCUCCAUCCACCUCUUCUCGCAGAAAACCAUCCCUCCUGAAAUCUCUCAUCAGUGCUACUGGAACACCGGAGUCUCCUGCCUCCUUCCCAGGAUCCUCAAACUCUGGAUCCCGCAAACGCGUCGAGUUCUCUCCCUGGACGAACACCCACGAAUCACUACCCGCUCCUCAACGACUCUCCAGUCUGCCUCGAACAAAACCCAUCCGGUCUUCCUCCGAAUGUCAAAACAACCUGAAAUCGAUCCUUAAGCCUGUCUCUGCGGGAGAGAAUAUCCCACAGUCGAGGAACAGGCCGCUAGAGGAAAGCCGAUCCAUGAACGAGAUGAUGGAGAGUAUUGUGAACCAGCUGUCGCAAGAUGACAGAUCAAUUUCAGUAGAUGCAUAUCGGACCUUGGCCUCGGUUAUCCGAGAGUACGAUGAGAUCCCUGAGGAAGCGGUCCUAAAGAGCAAGAUCACCACUAUUCUCAAAUAUAUCAAGCGCGAUCUGCUGAGACAGGCGAAGCCAGAUGAGUCGCAAAUUGCUGACACCAAUCUGAUGACUCAGGCUUUGAAGGUGCUCGUCAUAUUUGUGUGGAACCGGGAAUAUGCAUCUCUCCUAUCGGACGAACAUCGCGUUUUUAUCUUGGAUCGCUCCAUCCAGGUCAUCGUCGAGCAUUCCGCGCCGAAAAGUGUCAUCAUCCACUACCUGCACCUAUUGGCAACGCAGGACUUCCGCCCAAGCCUUGUAAAUUCGAGCAACCGCGUGCCACGUCUCUUGGAGGGAAUGAAAACACUUCCGGAACACAUCAAAGGUAAUGGAAUCGUAUCCGAAAGGCUACUAGUGUACCAGAAACUCCUAGAGCAGGCGAAAGCUGUCAUGAAGUCGAAAGCCAACUUGUGGGUUGAGGAACUCCUGACCGGCAUGACGAAUCCAUUGAAGGACAUCCGUGACAAGGCCAUGAGCUUGGGCUUGAAAGCUUGCCUUGUAUUUCCCGUCUCAGCGUCGAUCGCAUCGACCGUACGAUCAGUGCUGCAACGAGAGCUCGACGCAGAACGAACCUUUAGUUCUGCCAUGUGUCGAAGGCUUGAGAAGAUGGUGUCAGCAAAAGACGAGGUUUCUCAGGUUCCGCAGAUAUGGGCUAUUGUCAUUCUGCUGAGCAAUGGUCUUGAUACGCGCGUUGACAAUUGGGUCGAAAUGAAGGACUGGCUCAAAGUCAUUCAACGUUGCUUCAAUUGCAGCGAGACAGCCAUCAGACAACAGUCAAUAUUAGCCUGGAACCGGCUUGUCUAUGUUGUACGACCUCACGAAGCCUCUGAAACCUAUGCUUCCAUGCUCGCAAAGCCAUUGGCCGUUCAGUUAGAGCGAUCAGGACCCGAUAAAGGGGUCAAGGGCACACGAACUACAGCCGUUUCCAGUUAUUGCAACCUAUUAUACUACGCCUUUCGACCAGCCGCAACACACAAGCAGUACACACGCGUCUGGAACGAAUACAUCGUUAAGGUGAUGAAGAGCUCUUUCUUUGACAAGAACACUGCGAACCCCGACCUAGCUUGUCGAGUUUUGAUUGCGUUGUUAUGGAACUCAAGUAAGAGCACGAAGGUCUGGAAUGAAAACCGAGCGCUUGAGAGCACUCCUGUCGAACCUGAAGAACUCCCCACCAUCGACUGCAAGUGGGUUCGAGCCAGGAGUGCCGCUAUCGUCGAAAUGUUUCGCGUCCUCUUUCGAUACAGCUCAUGGGGAGCGUCUGGACAAUCGGACAGAGCAUACAUUGCUGUAGCAUGGAGUCAUUUCCUGAAGGCAAUUCGCGAAGCCAGCAGCAAGGAGAUCAAACCUUCUUCCGAAACGAAGCAAGCCAUUGCCACUGUGGUUGAGUUUCUGUCAUCUUUGUGGCCGGAAAAAAGUUAUAAACGAGGAAGUGCUCACGCAUUGGAUCAUGCACUCAGCGAUGCUCAACUCCGACAGAUCACACGAAGCGCUCUGCAGGAGCUAGGUUGUGCGUCUCUGUUAGGCGCACUUGGGGCUCUCCAAUCUGGAAAUGGGAGACCUCAGGUUCUUUCCGUGGUCUUUGAUUCCAUCACUUCCGAGAUGAGGAAAAUGAAGGAUCAUGAAGGUAGCCGCCUGUGCACUCAACCCCCCAAAGCUGCGCUACAGACUUUGCCUGGACAAUAUCAGAAAGCCCUGGAAUUGAUCAACACGUGGACGAUGGAGGAAAUUCAAUCGAUAGAGAAUCGCCAAGUUAACAUGUUGGCCGAAACCAUCGAAACCAUCGUCCGCCUCCUUAACAGCAUGCCUGAGCCAGAGCUUUUCCAGACUUGUCUCUCUUUGAGCACAACAUUGGAGGUGCUACUAAAGGACGAGAAGCAUUACUUUGACAAUAGCCAGGCCUCUGAUUUGACUCAACUAUACCAAAACUUUUCCAAGGUGGUUGCAAGUGUGCUUAUCAAAUUCCCUCCAACAGAAGUUCUCACAUUAGACGGAGUUUUCGCGGCCUUCUUUGAAACUACCAGUGACACUGUUCUGGAGAGAGCUGGGGUGAUCUGGGAUAGGUAUCUUGCGGUGCAUGACAACAUUACACUAGGACCGCGUCUCUCGGAUGCCGUCUACAGUCUCGCAGACCCCGAGUUGAAGUCAUCAAGUGAUACUAAGGGUUUAGAAGAUAAUAGGAAUUGCAUACCAUCACCGUCACAAGCACCUGACAUCACAAGAGCUCAAUCCCCAGAAAGAGAUGGACCUCCGAGUCGACAAAGAGCAGAAGUCAUCUGCGGGCCGUCCCCCAUUUUGGGUAGUCAGGGCUAUCAACAAGUCGUGGCACGGCAUCCAACAGCCCAGGCGAGCCCGACAAAGCCAUCUUCCAGACCCCGGUCAAGACAUGACGACUCUCAGAUCAAUUUUGUCCCGAUCGAAUCAUCUCCUCCUGCAGACACCGAGUACGAUUCUCAAUCUCUUACCGCACACCAGAAGGAAGUUCGCGACAGACAACGUACGGAGCCAGCUGUGGUGUUCCCAGAUUUGAGGUCCAGUCCAAGACCACAGAGUCGAUCGCUGAAUUAUGGGGACUGCGAGUUUGCACGAAAGGCAGCUGCAUUAGAUGAACGACCAACAACACCCACGCUACCGGCAAACCAUGACCAGGAACCAGAGAUCAUGGCUUCCCCUACUCCUCGAGCUCGACAUUCCACCAAGAAUAUAAGUGAUAUCGAAGUACCUUCGUCGCCACCUUCAAUGGGAGACCAAGCUGGUGAUAACUCAGCGUCGCCCUUGCAGAUACCCAUAGAGGAAGACAAUAUGGCGGUUGAUUUGAUGUUGCAGCCGGAGGUCAUCGACAAGCCAUCAAUUGUCGUUAAGGAUCACGUCAUGACUGAUGAGUCUGCCGUCGAGGUUGCUUUCAAAAAUAUACCCAAGGGGUCUCCUGUACCUGAUGCUCUUAAAACUGGACCACUUGAUGCCGCUGAAUCUCAGGCGUACCCUCCGUCCACUGUUGAUGAAACACCAAUACAUGUGGACGGUGCAGGUCAACCAGUGAUUGCCGGUCAAGCGAAGAACGGGGCGGAUAGCGAUGAAAUCGACAUGCUCAGUGCAUCGCAACUCUCCCAAGAUCUUGAUCGGCAUCUCAGUCAGGUUGUUGACGCAGGCCCUAUGGAAACUAUUGAGCUCUACAAACCUCAGCAAGAAGACAACACGGGGUCCGACAAGAAACAACGCAACACUCGUAAACGUAAGACUGUUGAUUAUACCCUCACAAAGACAAAGAGGAGGAAAUCCAAAGCAUCCUCUCAAGCAUCCUCCGAUGGGACAGAGAGCCAAGUUUCGUCCAAUGCAGACCCGAAUAAUACCGAUCUGCGCGACUGUAUUGAAAUUACACCUUCAGAGGAACCGGAGACCGGUUCUCGGGACGCCGUCGUUGAAGAACGACGGCCCGCCGUGUCAGCAUCGCCACCUAAGACUCGUCGUGGAAAACACAGAAAGAGAUCCCGGCUUUCUCGGUCACAAGAGUCUCGAAAUUCGCAAGUCGAGGUUAUUGUACCUGCGGCUACGUCAGCAGUGGCUGAAGUCAAGGAGGCAACGGCAACCGAAAAUGCUGGAGUAGAUGGCGGCUUGAAAGAAGCUCAAGUAGGGGAACAUCACGACUUGGCAAUGCCAGAGGCCGAAAAUGUUGAAAAGGGUGAUAUCGUUGAGGAGGAAUCGGAGCCUCUCUUGGCUCCUUUGCUGGAGAUGGUUGACGAGUCAGCUCAGCAGUCUACUGAACCGAGCAUCGUGUCAUCAUUGCAAGGCAUCUUGGACCAACUCAAGUCUUCGAAGCCAAGUGAGGUUGAUUUACGGAUGGUCGAUGAUCUGUGCUUUCAAAUUCGAUUUCAAGCGCAAGUGGUUGCUCAACAGAAGGCGACUUGA